GCGGUGCUGGUCGCGCAUCGCGGGAGCGGGCGGCGCUCAGACGGCGCUCAGACGGCUGACCGCGGAGGGAGCAUGGCGCUCUCGGCCGUGCGCUUGGUGCUGUUGCUCCUGGCCGCGGACUUGGCAGCCUCUUUGGACUCUUUGAGCUCGGAGUUUGAUCAGCCUUCGGAAUACAGAACACCAAACUGCAAUCAGUAUAAAUUACCAGGAUGUCCCAGAGACUUUAGCCCUGUAUGUGGAAGUGACAUGUCCACUUAUCCCAACGAGUGUACUCUGUGUAUGAAAAUCAGGGAAGAAGGUCAUGAUAUUAAAAUAAUCCGGAGUGGACCGUGUUGAUGGAGCAGUUUAUAGAAGAGAACUCGGAGGAACCACCUUCCACAGUAUGCUAGAUGAAUUCCAUUUCCCCUUUUCUCUUUCCUAUGUUCCUUUGCAUGGGAUUUCUUAGCCCAUGGGAGGUGUGGAAGAGGGCUAUGUGCAGUGACGGAUAAUUAAAACAAACACAAAAAAAACCCCUUGUUUCUUGGCUUUUGCCCUUUGAGUUAAGCUUAUUGCCUAGUGCCCCUGUGCAUUGCUUUAUUUAGCUGGAAUAAAAUCAGCCUUGUCUUCAA